AUGGGGAUGCUCUUAGUCUUCGUGGUCACUGCAGUUGAUCUGUCGUUUAAGAAGUAUGGAAGCUACAUCGUAGAGAAGCUUCUGGAUACGGAGGAGUCGAUGGCUGUGGUGGUUGUAGAGCUUUUGGAGUGCGAUGGAGACAGGCUGAUGAGGCUGGCGAGGAAUGAGUUUGGGAGUUUCGUGGUGGUCAAGGCACUGAGAGUCACGCAGGAGAUGAAUAGGGUUGAUAUGUUUCGGGGUUUGGUGCAGAAGCUGAUGCCUCUUCGCCACCUUUUGAACGCGCAGCUUCAAUCUGAUCUCGAUGGUAGAUUAGCUGAACUCGCUCAGUCUCAGGCCGAGAAGCAGCAGCUUCAUUUGCAAUCGGUUGAGAAAAAUUAUAAUGAGUGCUCUAGUUCGUUGACUUGGCAUAAGGAAAGAUUGAGAGAGCUCGAAACUAAGAUUUCUUCAUUACAAGAGGAGCUCAGCUCGUGCAAAGAUGCAGCAGCGACCACGGAAGAGCAAUACAAUGCUGAACUUUCCACUGCGAACAAGCUUGUUGAUCUCUACAAGGAAAGUUCGGAGGAAUGGUCCAGGAAGGCGGGUGAACUUGAGGGUGUCGUUAAGGCCUUAGAGGCACGCUUGAUCCAAGAGGAGAGUGAGUACAAUGAUAGACUUGAGAAAGAAAUGUCCACAAACCAGCAGUUUGUGAAGGAGAACGAAGACCUUAAACAAAAACUUGAGAAGCUUGAAGCAGAAAUUGAGAAAUCUAGGAAAACGAAUGAGCUAACGCUUUUACCUCUCAGCAGUUUCACAGGAGGGGCAGACGAUUCAGGGACCAGAAACAUGAUAAGAGGAAAGCCAUGCAAUAAUUCUAAGGUUCCUACCGGUGUGUCAGGAACGGCGCUGGCAGCUUCGCUCUUACGUGAUGGGUGGAGUUUGGCCAAAAUUUAUGAAAAGUAUCAAGAGGCUGUUGAUGCAAUGAGACAUGAGCAAUUAGGUCGAAAGGAAGCUGAGUUGAUACUACAACGGGUUUUAUCCGAAUUAGAAGAGAAAGCUGAGUUUAUCCAAGAGGAAAGAGUCAUGUUUUGUGUUAGAACUUACGUGUGA